AUGGAGAAUUUGAAUAGGAAUGGUAAAUACAAGAGAAGUGUAUCUCUUCUGUCGAUGCUAUCGGACGAUUGUAUUGAGGAGAUCAUGGCCUUAACAAGCCCUCUCGAUGUUUGCCACAUUUCUUUAGUUUCUAAAUCACUUAGAUCUGCUGCUAACUCCGACUCUGUUUGGGAAAGAUUUCUGCCCUCUGAUUAUCAGUCUAUUAUUUCCGCAUCAUCGACUUCCGUCCCUGAUUUUGCUUCAAAGAAGGAUCUCUAUGUUUAUCUGUGUCACCAUCCCCUCUUAAUUGAUGCAGGUCACAAGAGUUUCUCACUAGAAAAAUGGACUGGAAAGAAAUGUUACUUUUUAGGUGCAAGGGAUCUUGAUAUUCCAUUGGUUGAUAGACUAUCAUAUUGGAAAUGGACUUCAGAGUCCAGGUUUCCUGAGGUGGCUGCGCUCAAACGUGUUUGGUCGCUUGAUAUUGGGGGCACAAUAAGAGCUGGGGUUCUAUCACCACGGACAUCCUAUGUAGCAUACCUUGUUUACAUAUUUGGAGAUGAAUUUGGAUUUAGUUAUCGACCUUCAGAGGUUUCAGUUGGAGUUUCUAGUGUUGAAUUGGACAAACGAUUUGCAAUUCUCGUGCCAGAAGAUGAGGAGUCAAUUUAUAACCUGACCCCUGAUCUAGAGGAUAGGCUCAAGAAAGUGUAUGAAGAGGCGGUACGUCCUAAUCUGCCCUCUGCUGGAGAACAUAAUGAUAUUUGUUUGGCGUUGCAACAUUUGCCAUUGCAGCUUUUGCCGGAGAAUGUUUCUAAGAGCCUGUUUGGCUCAGCUUAA